AUGAGACCGCCGCUUGCAACCGCGCCUGCAACGGCGGCUACGGAUGAUGGAGAGACGCCAUCUGCAUCAUGGCCAGCCUCUGCAAACCACCACCUCCUCUUCAAAAAGCACAAAGUGCUUCCCCAUCCUAGCAAAGAUACCUCGUACACCAGUUUGCGAGGAGUGCCCCGCCCUUUAGGGCCGCCGAAAAUCUCCGGUCCCGCCUUGGCAAUUUCGGCCGCGUCUUCAUCCGCGGGUGGCUUAUCGGACGAUGCAUCCGUCACAUAUUCACAGCCUUCCAGCCCCCGCACAAAGAAACAGUACCCCAAGACUUUGGGCAAUGGCCCUGACUUGCCCCCAACACCACCAGCACACUCCCGCAACUCGUCAGCUACCUACUCCGUUUUGCCAUCCACUGCGACCUAUGUCCAGAGCCCGGAACGGAGUGCCGAAGAUGUGCAACUAAAGCCGGCGCUGCCCACGACACCGACGAAGCAGCUGAGCCCACCUACACCCGACGUUACUCCACCACAUACUAUUCAACCUGAAUUGCGCCCAAAGGGCCCUCCCUCGCGACCGCCCCUCCGGGACCGCAACAUGUCGAGAAGCACCGCCGACUCCAGAACGGCGUCGUUUAAGACAGCACGCGAAAAUCCAUCAUCGUCAUCAUCCGACAACGAGGACAGCUUCACGUCACUCCCGCCCGCUCCGAUCUCAGCGCGGACAUCAGAAAGCACGGUUCGCCACUUCGUGGCCGAGAAUCAUGAGACCCCGAAAAAACGCCAACCGAAGGCUGUGGGCCUGGGGCUAGGCCUGGAGUCCAGUCCCGAGGAGAGCAUCACUCCCAAAUCAAAACGCGAAUUUGUUAGUUUCGACGGGGAGUGGGGCUCCAAAACUGACGAUGCUGUGAAGGAAUGGGACGAUAAUCUUGAACGGCAUGUUGCUGUGCGGCACCCUCGAGCCGCAAAUCAGAAUGCAGCGGGGCCUGGCAUCCGAGACGAAGUCAUUGAAGACGUUAUAGUGACGCCAACAAAUGCAACAAAGGCGCUUCGUUCCAUAUCUUUGCCCCAGAGGAUUUUGACCUUCCCAUCUUCGAACGAAAGUACCGACCAGCUUAGAACACAGCCACAAAAGCCAGUUCAGCACCGAGAGCCACCUCCACUACCACCACAACAGCAGCAGCCGCAACGGCAACAACAGCGACACCAGCGUAGUCAGAGUCAACAACUGCCGCAGGCGGUUGAACAGAGUCGCGAGCAACCAGUCAUCGCACAGAUGGCACCUACUUUGGCUCCGUCGACGCGCGACAGGCGGCCUCGUGUCUCGACUGCAUCCUUUACAUCGAAUGUGCCUGCUGUUGCGGAAUCUGUCUUUUUUGGCUCACCCCCACAAAGGCAGAGGACGCUUCGUCACGUAAAAAAGCAAGUUACACUCCGCGACUCGGGACUCGACCUGUCUCCUGCAAGCUCCACAGCCACGUCACUACUGGACGAGACAACCAGACAGCGACGUCCGAACGGUGGGCGUUUCAACAGCAGUGGCCACGACAGCAUUGCCUCCACGACCAGCAUGAACAGUAUCUCGAGCCGGAGCGCCAGACGUGAGAUCUGGAAGGCAGGCGGUAUUCCUGUUGUUGUUGUCCCAAGCCGCCUGUCAUCUGUGAGGUCGUCCAGCCGCGAGCCCUUUCUUCGCUCAACUAGCAGCCGCCGAUCGACGAGGAGCCAGAGCUUGCACUCUGCGCCACUAUCCCAGAUUUCAAAAAGCAGGGAGGUCUCUCCAUACUUGGAACAGGGCAGCCGGCGAAGCAGGGCGUAUUCUGUGUCUGAAGGCUCCACACGGAACAGCUUCGCGCGUGAUGGCUCUGCACCGGGUGAUCAGCGCACGAUCGACUUUCCCCCUACCAUUCCGAAGCGGUCUUCAUCUCUUUCGGCCCCGACAAGCCGCAACGUGUCACGGAGUGGGUCGUUGAAUGCUGAAAGCGUCCACGCGCAUUCGGCAAUCUUGAAGGCCCGCCUCAAUGACCAGGCGAAAGCCUCUCCCGGUACUGAGCCAAAUGAUACAGGCGAUAGCCCUGCAGUGGGGCUAGCUCAACAACAAUCCGAGCGGUCUUUGGAGCCAGCAUCACGGCCUGAAAUUAAAUACGAGGCUCCUGCAAUCCCAGAGGCCCAGCGCUCUGAAAGCCUCUUGUUACGCGAUACCCACAUGGAACAAAGUGCUGCGGAUGAGACAGUACUCCCUCGGCUCGGCGACCACACUGACAGACACGAGGAUGUCCAAAAACGUGAUUCGGAUAAAAUCCACGGCGAUGAGAGCAACUACGACCACCGCAACCUCCUUGACCCGAGAUCGAGCUUGGAUCGUUACAUGGACCGUUAUUCGUCACGGCACUUGUCGCCGCACAACACUCCCUUCUCCAUGGUGUCUGUUGAAACGAACACGACACAUCACUCCCAAGCUGAAUUAUCUGAAGCCUUGGCAGUCAACAUCUACCCCCAUCAAAACACCUCGGUGCUUGUUGUUGACCACUCCAAUCGACCAUCAGAUUGCUCAGACGACUCACAGCCAGACCGCCUGACGGACGACACGGGGCCUAGCUCCUCGAAACAAGAGUCGUCUCCAGCAUCAGACUUUGCGUCGGCUCUUACGCCAAGCUCCGUCUCCGCGCCACCGCUAGAUCGGCCAAGAAUAACAAAGACGGAUCACGACACGGCAGAAGACAUACCUGUAACGCCAUCCCACCAGCAACCAUUCUCACUCGACGAUGUCGACUCGCCUCUGCGGAACCCGCGUGCUCCGCCAGAGCCUCCAGCGAUCAACUUCAUCCCGGCAACGCCGUCAGGGCUGACUCCAUCGACUGAGAGAGAGCAGAACCGGGGCAACUACUUUGAAGAAGUUGUCCAAGGUGCUAGCGAUGGCAGACCUCGCCGGCGGCGCAGUGUAUCUUUAGUUUUGCGAAAGGCGCUCAGCCGUGGCCGCAGUGCGACAACCGAGUACGGUCCAUCGGCCAGCCGAAGCGGUGGUCUUUUGACACGCACGCUGUCGUUGACGAGAGACGUGCAGAGGAAAGCGUUUUCCAUCCGUCGCUCUGACUCCAUUGACCAGGGCAGGGGUACCUCCUUUGAUAUCGAGCCUGCAGAGGAGGAUAAGCUCCACCCAUUCUGGCGGCCAGCUUCCCAGCUGUUGGAUGACGACGAUUACCGGCACGGCAACGGCUACGAGGACGAGGAGACCUACCGGUAUCCUCCUAUUGACAACCGCCCGCGUGGCCCGCGGAGAAGUCUGAGCAUGCGGAUGAAGAAGACGUUUGCCAUCCUUCCCAUCGACGCGGCGGAUGAUUUCUACCCAGCUUCGAUUGACGACACACCGGCGGAUCGCCGGACAGUACGCCGUACGCCUAGUGGCAACCUACGUGUGGUCAAGCAUCACGGAAGCACCGAGUCUCUUGGUGAAUAUGCUACAGUCGACGACCACCGGCCAUACACAGCGCCUGGGCGUCAAGGUAGCCGCAAGUUUCGGUUUUGGCGCAGCCCUUCGUUGGGCCGCAGAGACCGCCCCGAGCUGCAUGACAACUACUACAACCAGAGUACUGGCGCUGAUGCCAGCAACGCGGUCCACGAAGACGAGAAACCCGGAUCCCCAGGCGCCUCCGGUGCGGACGGUGCUGCUGGAGGGGAUAGAAAGCCCAUGAAGAUCUUGCCGGAUCUUGGCCUGGGCGACAAAAUUGGCGAGUACGGACCACACACGAUUCCGCGGCGAUUUAGUGAACGGCGCCGCGAGAAGAGGAGCAACGAGCUGCGGCAGAAGAUUAGCGGACCGCAGGAGGUUCGCGAUGGCGUGGGCGAGGUGAUCCGGCGGACAAACUACCGCGACGCCUUUACACAGGCUCAAGCGAGCUGA